GCAACAGAACCCCCGAAAGGUCACGUGCAGAUUUGUCAGCGUAGCGAUGGCGUCACCAACACCAGACUCGGUCAAUUCCGAUGCGAUCACGCUGCCCAAGGAACUCCGGUCCGGCGACGAUGCUCAGCGUGUGGAAAGCGCCACGUUGACGCGAGAAAGCGGGGCCCACGAAGCGUUUGCUAGGAGUCGCAUGGACGGGUUCGUGUACGUCGAGACCCCGCCGUACAUGCAUGUGCUGGAUGGGCAUUGCCGCUUCGAGUUUGAGAUCGGAACGUCUCCGCUGAUGGUGGUGCUGGGCCAUCCCGCCAGCGGCAAGUCCGCCUUGUUGGUUAACUGGGUGCACCAACGACUUAAGAAGCAGCAGCCGGGUCCGGAAGUGAUUUUUCAGCACUAUUGCGGCUGCUCGUACGAAAGCGUCAAGGUACGCACGCUGCUGGAAGUGGCUCGUUGGGUUGUAUCUGUCUAUGCAAACACCGUCGCAGGAUAUGACAUGUGGAUCAUCGAACUGUAGCUGUCGGUGUUUCUAUUUCGAUUAAUGGACCACCUCAAAGCCGCGUUUUCCCUUCGAGACUUUGAAUUGCCCCAUGAACACGAAGAAGAAAAGCUCAAGUUUUCCCUGGCGCGGUGCUUGGAUGCAGCGAACCGCACGACCACUCAAAACGGCAAGCGGAAAAACAUCAUCAUUGUGCUGGACGGCGUCGACAACUUGCGCACCGAGGACGGGGGCGAGAGCUUGUCGUGGCUGCCCAACACACUACCCCCAGGGGUGCGAAUCCUAGUCUCGGCCACACGUCCCCCCAAAACCACCCAGUUGGCCAGUUGUCGAUGGAUUGUACGGAAGGACUUUACGUAUGACGCAGACGACGACUUGCUCUACGACGCGUCGCUGCCUCCAAAUGCAGCGGACACGCACUGUGUCAAGGAGCUGCGUCGACGCAAUGCAGGCUUUUUGGUUGUCGAGCCACUGGACGAGCGCAUGUGUACAAAGAUCAUUCAUGAGCAUUGUACUCGCAAUACACCACGGGACCUCGCGUCGGUGCACUGUAUCUUGGACAGCAAGGGCAGCAGUUGUCCGUUGUACCUGCGGUUGGUAUUGACCAUGCUCGAUCAGAGCAGCCACCACCCCCAGCCUGAGUACCUCCAGUCUUUGCUUUUGCACGCCAGUGACUUUCCAUCGCUGUAUGAAAUGGUGCUGCAACAGUGGAAGGCCAUUCUGCUCGCAGACCUCGUCGACACAUUGGACCACCUCACGUGCAAAGCGGCCGCAUCGGUUGACCUGCCGCCGCAACUGGACCGCCCCGACAGCCGCAAGCGCAAUAGCCGCCGCGAUUCUGAGCACAUGACGCUGGUGGCAUCGCAGUUGAGUCCCGAAGAAGACGAGAUCAAUCGCACCAAGAUGCAAAUGGAGCGGCGGGCGCUCUUGGCCCGCCACGCGCUGUCGCUGUUCACCGUGUCGCGGUUCGGUCUGUCCGAAAAGGACUUUCACCAUCUCUUGGAGGAUGCCGCCCCUCGGCACAUUCGCACGCUGCUGCUGCAACUACUCAUGCCCCACCUCAUGGUCAUCUACCGAAAAGACAGCGACGCGGUGCUGUACGACAUUUCCCACAACCAGCUGCGCCUCCUGGCUCGGUAUGGCUUCUUGAAGGACGACGGCCUUCGCCACGGGUACCACAAAGCGAUCGCGUCGUACUGCGAGAAGAUGCCCACGUGCCAGCGCCGCAUCGACGAAUUGCCCGUCCAGCUCGAAUGCUGUGGGUUGUGGUCCCAGCUCCAAAGCUGUCUGGUGGACAUCAAGAUGUUUCAACUGUGGUGGCACGAACGCAACCGCCAAGACUUUUUGGCGUACUGGAAGACGUUGCGGUCGUAUUUUAGCACACACGACCCUGUGGACGACUACAUUCGGUCGUUGGACGAGUACAUUGAAGUGGAAGGCCCGUCCACGGAGCAACUGCUGUCGCUUUUCCUCACCAUCACAGAGUUUCUGCGGUCGUGGCAGCGCAACGACGUCAAAGUGAAGCCUGAAAUCCACAUGCACCGCCCCGACCCCCCCCAACUCAAAGAGUUCAUCAAUAGUCAGGGCAACUUCUCGCUGUCGCACCUGACGGACGUCGAAUCCAAGCAGAUUCAAGGCAUUGUCGACUAUCUGUGCCCCCACCAUGACGACGGGUACUACGUCCGGCGGUGGCUGUGGACGCAAUUCCCGCUCAUCGCUGUGUCGUUUGAAAACUUGUUUCUGAAAAAGUUCACGUCCGACGCGCUGGCAGCGUGGUCGGGCGUGGGGGAGAUGGAUGGCGGGGGGGAUUGCCCCGUGUCGCUGCCAUCUUCGGACAAGCCAAAAGACAAACCGACUGGUGCGUCCCCCAGCAACAGUUGCAGCACCCACAAGUCAUCACACACGAUUUUGCCCAAGUCGAUUGGCGCGGCCAUCUGCGAGUCGCGCAAGCGAAUCCUAGCUCGCCACUCGCCCAAGAAGAACUCGCAGGCCGUGUUGGAACUGCUCAAUCCUGAAGUGUCGGGGGCGUUUGAGUUUGGGGACUCGGGGAGUGAGAUAUCGCUGUCCAUUCCAGCGCUGCGGGACCAACUUCGAGACCUUCGCGCGCGCUAUGACAAGCUCAAGUUUAUCUCAAAGGAGCGCCACGAUGCGCUGCACGUGCUCGAGUCAAAAGUCAACGACGCUAAAGCGAACACGUCGCACCAGCACCAGAACUCGCGACUUCGGGACGAACUUCUCGAGCAAAUUCGAGUCACGACAUUGGAUUCGACCCACGGACGCCAGAAAAGUGAUUAUUACAAGUCCAUUUUGCGGCAAUGUGAGACCAACCCCGCGCGCGAUCCCAACAUCAUCGAGUCGUCCGAGAUGAACGUGCGAAAAAUGAAGCAAGACAUCACCGAUUUGCAACAGAAGGCCCAAGUGAUUGGGUACGAACGGCGGCUAGCGGCGAUUGAAAUCCCCAAACUCACAACCGCCAUCCAAGAAAAGCUGCAGAUUCACCAAGUCGCGCUGAGUCGGUUGAAGUGGCGACACCUGCAAAACUUUCGCCAGAUGCAGUGGGAAACCAAAUUUCGCAUUCGGUCGAAAGAAAUGAAAAAGCAAGCCGAAGGCGACUUGAGUUCGGCCCAAGAAGAAGCGAUGGUCGUCCGGCUCAAGGAAAAGGUCGAGCAUAAACAAGAGGCCAACAGCUUGCGCGUCAAGAACCUCCAGGACCUCAAGGUGUACAAGGGCAGUGCGUUCAUGGACGACGGGCUCCUGGGGGUCCUGCGCCAUGUGGGGAUCAACGAGGCAGACCAAGUGCUGCUUCGGUGGUACGACCAGUUUGAGCACGCGGAACAAUUGGACGCAGAGCAAAAGGCAGGGGAAGACCAAGUGACUGCGUGUCGACACGAACUCGAAGCCCUGCGGCAGGAAUUCCAGAACCUCAAGCUCGGCCAAACAACAGUCAAAGCUGGGAAAACCCCUGCAUCGUCUUUGACGGGUACUUCCAGAUCCGUGGGUCUCUUGCCGACGGCAUCCAUCGACGGGAAUGGCAUCCACCACAGUAGUUCUGGCAACUUCAAAGGGCACAAUCUCAAGCAAGUGGAGCAGCGGUUGGCGGAAGCGACCGCCGUGUCGCAGCAAAAAAAGCAGCGCGCGCUGCGCCUCAAGGGGUUGUCCGAGAACCUCCACUUGGGGUUGUUGCACUUGGCGGUGAUGCUGGGCGUGAAAGCUUCGCAAGGAAUGGACUCGAUCAUGCUGGCGAACGCGGCAGAACAUAGUGUGCGUGGCUUGAUCGGGGAGGACGGGGGGUCGGGGGCCCCGUCCAACUUGGCCUUGCGGAAGAAGAACAGCAUGCGGAAAGGCAUCACGCAAACCCAAGCCCCCGUCCAGCGGAGCGCCGAGGACAUACAACGAUACAACCUCCGCGUGCGCACGUCCGUGAGCCCCAAGAAACGAUUUGCUGGGGUGGAGUGCCAUGGGGACGAGAAUGGGGACGACUCGUUCUCGGAUAGCGACGACAGCGACGCCAGCGGCCACGGCGAAGAGGCUGUACGAGAACGCGCAGACAUCAAGGCCAGCUCGGUGACGGAAGUGCGAACUCAAACCGGGGGCAAACGCCCAGCCAAACGGCAUGGCAAGAAGAAACCAACCAGUAGUCCAUCAGGCGCGACGACUGUGGUGGCUGCGAUGGCGACGAAUGCAGCUGAUUGAGUUAGAGAUGACUUGUCCGUACCAUCUCGACAUCAUUGCCAUAUGGACCGGACGUUUUAGUUGACUUUGCCUUUCGCAUUCCUCGUCAUGGUGGUCUAUACCUACCUAACGUUACCUGUAAAUCAACUUUCGAUUUGUGCGAAC